UGUUUUAUGCAGGCAGGUUGCGCAGUGCAGUGCGAGUUUAGCAUUAGCACCAGAUUUCAGAGACAGAUAUUCACAGUUUAACUUGGACUAAAAACAGCGUGUAAAUGUCAGGAGGAACCCGUCUGGAGAACGCUAACCCUGUGAUCUUCCAGCGGUCCGGGGAAAGGCUGCUGACCGCUGCAGACGAGGAUGAAGACGUGCAAGACCCCAUCGACGACAGGGAAAUAUUUGAUCUGAUCAGAUCCAUCAAUGACCCAGAACACCCUCUGUCUCUGGAGGAACUCAAUGUCGUGGAGCAAAUACGAGUUAAAGUGAACGAUGCAGAAAGCAGUGUGGGUAUCGAGUUCACACCCACGAUCCCCCACUGCAGCAUGGCAACUCUCAUUGGCCUGUCAAUCAAAGUCAAGCUGCUUCGCUCCCUGCCCGACAGGUUCAAAAUUGACGUCCACAUCACUCCAGGGACUCACGCCUCAGAAGAAGCAGUGAACAAACAGCUGGCAGACAAAGAGAGAGUUGCAGCAGCUUUGGAGAACUCCUCGCUACUGGAGGUGGUCAACCAGUGCCUGACGUCCAGGAGCAUCUGAGCAUCUUUGACUAUUUGAUAUUUGGCACCUGAGAUGUAUCUGUCUGACCAACAAUCACUGAUUCAGGUGUGAAUAGCUGCAGCUGGUAGACACAGAUGCAGCACAAAGAGAGUCAAGAUCACUGUGUUUACUGUGUUUCUUGGAGGAAUGUAUAGAGGGAAUCCCAAUUCCAAGAGAAUAAACUAAAUAUGAUUCAGACCAGUUUGGACAAAGCAGAGAAAUUCAUUCUUCUAUCUGUGGAUAAUAAUUUGUAUUGUUACAAAAGGAUUGAAUCAUAAUUAGAAUAAUAAUUUGUCCUCAACAUCUCCUGAAAAUCUGCAGCAACAAUCCCCACGUGUGUAUAAUAUUAAUGCUUCUUAGAUUUUAUUAAAAGUAUGCAUUUCAGUAAUAAAAAUAAAAUGAUGCAGAUA